AUGGAUUUCGAAGAGCAAAUGCAAGGACAUGCUUCAAAGAGUGAAGAUUCGGGGGAAACUUCGUGUAGAAGACAUGAUAUUGUUCCACCGCUUUUGACAAUGAGUGAGCAAGACGAGAGCUCUUUUGAGCAUAAUGAACAGUUUCAUGAACUGCUUGAGUCAUUUUAUGGAUUGAUGCUAAAUUCAUCAACACUUUUAAAUUGCAAAGAUUCACGAGUUGCUAACCCAGUUAUGAUCCAUAUUCCAGAUCAUUUAGUUGGGUUUUGUAAUGUUGGUUUAGUGGGAGAAAAAACAUUGGAAUCUGCAGACUACGAAAUUCAGCCUAGCGCCCAUGGACCUCUUUCAUACAUUGCAGGCUAUGUUAUGUCAAAAUUAAAUAAAGCAAGUAAAGGAAAGUCAGAGGAAGAAAAACCUGAACUUCAAGCUUUGUUACAAAGUUUAAUAGUAUCUGAAGAGGAAGUUAGCAACGAAUUCAUAUCAGCCAAGACAAGGGAUGGUCUUGUUACCCCUUGCCAGGAUAGUGUUAGGAAUUUACACAAAGCAGAGAUUUGUUUUCGAAAGGAAGUUAACAAGACUGAUGUCAUUCAAAACAUUCCUGUGGAUGCAAUUUGCUUUUUUCGUCUAUCCGCUUGCCCAUUGUCAAGUCGCUAUAGGAAAAUAUUGUGUUGUCUUCUGGUGUAAAUCCAUCUUGUGAUAUAAACAAGUUAUGUCUUGAAAAGAUUGUGAAAAUGUUCUUGAAGGUGAUAUCAUUCUCGUAUACCAAUGACUAUGUCACACAAUAUAAAAUAAGGGAAAGUACAUUUAUUAUGCCGAGGGGAGGGUAUGAAGAUGUCUUGAAAAAAGCUCAUAUUUUUACAGGGGCCCUGUUGAGGUUAUUGGUAAAUUUUCGAUGCCCCCUCCAAGUUUUUAAAAUGUUCAAUGCCCCCCCCCCUCCAGAAUUCGGAAUCGAAGGAGUACAAUCCAGAAUUCUCUCUUAUAGAUACAACAUACUCCUCUACAAAAAUACAGACCUGCUGCUUCUUUCACCUCACUAGUGCCAGAAGAAAAGGCACCGUUGGCUCUAGGGGUGAAAUUAUUAACAGGUUGUUGUUGUCUGUCAUUCAGCAUAGUCUGAGUCUUGAACACAUUCACAUGGAACCUUAGAGAAUGUUGCCUGCCACCCAACAUAUCUCCUGGCAUCUGUUGCAGAUGUCUUUGCACGUCUGUCAAAAAUGCAUGUAAAAGUGCCAAGUAUGCUUCAAUUUCUUUAAUUUUCAUCCUGUUUGUACUAAAUAUCCCAUAAACAUGGAACAUAUCAUUCUUACAAAUUGUAUGCUUUUUUGUUUUUGGAACUGCUGCUUUUUGGAAAUUACUUCACAAACCUGGCAACACAAAAUUUUAAAUAAAGCUAUAGGUGAUUUCAUGUAUCCAUUUAGAAGAGUAGACUAAGAAUAUCUUAAAACUGAAAUCGGUUUCGAAUACAACCAUCAGGGACGUAGCAAAGCAUCUGACGUUUGGGGGGGGGGAAGGAGGGGAGGUGUUGGAGGAUUAUACAAUGUAUAAUAUACAUGUAAUAAUUAUAAUAAAGUUUUUGUGAUUGAAUGGCACUCUCAUACUAAGUCUUGGGAGAAAGGGGGUCUGGGGUCCUCCCCCAGAAAAUUUUUACAUUUUUGAAGCCCUAGGACUGAAUAUCUGGCGUUUUCUAAAGCAUAUUCACAAACAAAUUUCAUGUAAAUUGACUGUAUUUUACAAAAAUGGUUAUCAUUUCACAAACAUAAUUACUUUAUUAUGCAAAUUUAAUGCCAGAAAAUAUUUUGGUGCCUCCCCUUAACAUCUUCACUCCCCCCCUUCUGCAUAAUAAAUGUAUUUCCCUAAAAGAGAAACAAAGCAAAAAGAAGGCAUUGAAAAAGGACUUGAAGCAAAGCUCGGAAGUAUGAACUAUACUAAGAUCAUGCCAAGUGUAAAUAAGAUUAUCCCCGAGUAAUUCCCCCCGGCUAUUUACACCCGGGGAAACGAAAGCAUUGGCGAAGUCUAAAGUUCAUCAAUUAUUGCGGGCGUGGGUGACCAACGAUGUUGGGGUGGGUGGUCAUCCUCACUGUUCUCAAAAAUAUGGCGGACUGUCAUGAAUAGUGAACACUGAUUGGUCCAGUUUAAAGUUUGCAUUAUAAUCACAGGAGGCCCAGGCUCAAUUUGCCCGCGCCCGCCUUGUGCCUUCCUUUUUAUUAAUGUUUACAUUUAAAAAUUGAAAAAAUGUUUUACAAUUUGUUACGAGAAACGAUUUUCCAAGCUUUCUUACAUGCAUUUUUUAUAUUUUCCCUUCUUCACUCCUGGCAAACAGCCAUAUUUUGAGAUCAGUGAGAUGACCACCCAUAUACCAUGCGCCCACAAUAUUUGAUGAACUUUAGACUUCACUAGUUAGUGUGUUCCUUUCCCUGGGUGUAAAUAGCCGGACAGAAUUAAUAAUUUGUCAUCCACAUUUGUCAUGAAAAUUGCAAAUAUCUGAAGCUGUGAAAGCGUAGUUUCAUGGCGAGAACUUUCACUGUUAAGUCAUGUUGAUCAGAUGAUCAACGCCGAUUUUAAAAACGAAACGUUUCCAAAACCCAGCAAUGUUUGGUAUCAAAAUGAAGCUUAGGAACCUCUCUAUUCGAAUUUAUAAAGAGGGGGGUUGGACCAAUAAUCUUAAGCUAAAAGUUGUGCUUGCGUUCUCCUUCAUACCAUGUUUCGUACUACCGGAUUCAUUAUCUAUUUUCCUACACUAGUUUCCAGGUCACCACGCUUUAAAGCCAUUGUUAUGCUAAUUCACCCAUAAGUAGACAACCGCCCAAAAUGCCUUUGUAUUUGUACGCCAGUCUUUCCUUCACUUGUCCGGGAUAAGUUGUUAGUAUUUUAUUUUAAGAUAUCUGACAACGAACCACGUAUCAUUGAAGAAAUUGAUAGUCACCCUUCUGCUGGAGGUGGUGCUGCUAUCUCAAAUUCGGUCGCUGUUGUGUCUAAGCGGGAAGAGGUUUAAUGGCGAUUCUUAUCAACCUGGUUCUUUAAACUUCAAGCGCCGGUCGGAUCCGUAUAGCUUAUUUACUUACACGUCAAAUCCAUACAUAUUAUUAUUUUCUUAGAUGACAUUGCGGUUCUGGGCAAUUCUUUUGCUGAUUGUUCACAAAAUGUAUCUACCGUAAUCAAAGUGCUUGAAGAAAUGGGGUUUGUUGUAAAUAAUGAGAAGUCUUCCUUAUUGCCAAAACAGGUUGCGACCUAUAUUGGUUAUUUAUUAAAUUCACACGAAAUGACAAUUUCUUUGCCAGUUGACAAAAUGCCAAAAUUUCCGCUUUUGAGCUGUUUUGCCGAGCAAGUUGCACUACUGUGCCUUAGAACAUUUGAAAAUCACUUCAUUAGAAAAGAAUAAUAAUGAUUAUGACAAGAGCGUUGUCCUUACUGCCAAAGCCUGUUCAGAUCUACAUUGGUGGGUCGUUAAUGCUCCCAAUGCAAACAGAGUUUCUCUUCAAAAAUCGCAAGAUAUUGUCUCUAUAACCACAGAUGCUUCUCCGUCAGGUUGGGGAGCCCAUUGUAAUGAAAUUAAAACAAGGGGUAAUUGGUUCCAAGUGGAAACAGGUAGGCACAUAAACUAUCUUGAGCUUUUAGCUGUUUUGUUUGCUUUAAAAGUAUUCAUUCGGUUGGAUAGAUGUAAAUUAAUGUGUAUUGUGACAACACAACUACGGUAACAUAUAUUAAUAAUAUAGGUGGUAUGAUACCCUCACUAGAUCUUUUAAGCACUCAAAUUUGGCAAUGGUGUCUCGAUCGUAACUGUGAAAUUGAAGGUUUUCAUUUGCCAGGAUGCCAGAAUUACUGUGCUGAUUAUUUAUCACAGGUACCUUGCCCUAGGUUAAAGUGGAAAUUAGAUCCCGAUAUUUUUCAACAAGUUUCUGAGGUUUCUUUUAUGCCUGACGUUGAUUUAUUUGCUUCAUGUCUUAACACACAAUUAGUUAGGUUUGUGUGCUGGAAACCAGAUCCUGAUGCUUGGUUCUAUAAUGCUUUUUCUCAACCAUGGAAAGGAUUUACACCUUAUUUUUUCCACCCUUUAGUUUGUUGGGGAAAGUGUUACAAAAGAUCCAAUACGACCGAGUGCGGAAGGCCAUGGUGUUUACUCCAUGCUGGCCAACCUCAGCGUCGUAUCCGACCCUGUUAUCUCUUCUUUUCGAUCUUCCAAUCCUACUUCCACAGAAGCCCGAUUUGUUGACGUUGAACGGGACACAGCUAUAUCCGUUGCGAGACAAAAUUUUCGUUGCCACUUGGCAUGUCUCAGGGGACAAUUCAGUAGUUCUGGAUUUUCUUUGUGCACAGCCAACCUCAUCCUUAGUUCCUGGUGAACUGGUACGAACAAGCACUACUCCUUGGUGUGGCAAAAGUUCUGUGGCUGGUGUGAUUCAAAACAAGUCCAUCCAGUUCAAGCAUCUUUAG